CGUGAUGACGAUUCUUCGUCAACUUACUCAAUUCUCAGUGGACCAAUCUCCUUACGUCUCAAAACACUUUUUCUUCAAUCUCCCAGCCUCAAAUUUCCAUGAAAACCACCACUUUCAACCCCAUCUAUCUGCUCCAGAAACUAUCAAGGUUAUGUUUUUCUUGAAUUUCCUACAAUCUUUACAUCAAAUUACUAAACUUUAUUCAACAAAAUCAUAAGGGUUUGUUGUUAGAGGUUAGAUAAGGGUUCUUAAACAUAUGUAUCUCAUUUUUAUUCCCAUACGUGUCAAGUAUUGGGCACAUGUUAAUGAUUUCCAGUUCAUGUUCAUCCUCUGCAACCUGUGAAUAUUCAAAGAUUUUGUGGGUAUCAUCAUCAUCAUCAUCAUUAACAAAUUUCCCAUGUAGUAGAAUUACCCAAUCUAGUUUUUCUAGCAUUAUUAGGGUUUAUAGGAGAAGAAAACUGUCAAAAUUGUCCCUAAUCUGGGCUUGUGUGGGUCCCAAUAAGGGAAGGAGAAAAAAUGUGAACUUGAGGGUUUCAAAUGAAUUGGUUGAAGGUGAAGACUCAUUGCCAGAAAGCUCGAUUCCGUUGGGUUCGUCGAAUAACUUCACUCACUUUACAGAAGACCCUAUUGUAGAUAAGCUUAGGACUCAGCUUGGGGUCAUACACCCUAUCCCUUCACCACCGAUUAACCGAAAUAUCGUGGGGUUAUUUGUGUUCUUUUUCUUUGUCGGCGUUGCGUUUGAUAAGCUGUGGACGUCGCGAAAACGGAAUAAACCGAGGGAUGAACGGUCACCGGGAAUGUGGCCGCAGGUUCCCACGAGUUUUUCGUUGUUUCUUGAGAAGGAUUUGCAGAGGAAAGAGUCUGUCGAGUGGGUUAACAUGGUGUUAGGGAAGUUGUGGAAGGUUUAUCGAGGUGGGCUUGAGAAUUGGGUUAUCCGGUCGCUUCAGCCCGUUAUUGAUAAUCUGCAGAAGCCUGAUUAUGUGGAGAGAGUUGAAAUAAAGCAGUUCUCAUUGGGAAACGAGCCACUAUCGGUUAGAAAUGUUGAACGCAGAACUUCCCGCCGCGUUAAUGAUUUACAGUACCAAAUAGGACUCCGCUACACUGGUGGUGCGCGUAUGCUUUUAAUGUUGUCGCUAAAAUUUGGCAUCAUUCCAGUAAAGGUGCCGGUGGGUAUCAGAGAUUUUGACAUCGAUGGAGAACUUUGGGUUAAACUGCGGUUAAUUCCAACAGAGCCGUGGGUGGGAGCUGUUUCAUGGGCUUUUGUGUCACUUCCGAAAAUAAAAUUUGAAUUGUCACCGUUUCGGUUGUUUAACUUGAUGGCCAUUCCUGUGCUCUCCAUGUUCUUGACGAAACUUUUGACGGAGGAUUUGCCACGGUUAUUUGUUCGACCGAAGAAGAUUGUAUUAGAUUUUCAAAAGGGAAAGACAGUUGGUCCAGUCAUAAAUGAUUUCAAGACAGGCGAAAUGCAAGAAGGAAAUAAAGAUUUUGUUGGUGAAUUAUCGGUCACUCUUGUUGAUGCUCGCAAGCUAUCGUAUGCCUUCUUUGGAAAAACGGAUCCUUACGUGAUACUGAGGCUGGGAGAUCAAGUAAUACGUAGCAAAAAGAACAGUCAAACAACUGUUAUUGGCCCUCCCGGUGAGCCAAUAUGGAAUCAGGAUUUUUACAUGCUAGUUACAAAUCCGAGAAAACAGAAAUUGUCCAUUCAAGUGAAAGAUAAUCUUGGAUUUGCAGAUACGACUGUUGGCACAGGAGAGGUUGAUCUCGGAUCAUUGAAAGACACGGUUCCAACAGACAAAAUCGUGGCCCUUCGAGGUGGUUGGGGACUAUUCAGAAAAGGAUACGCAGGAGAGAUUCUACUUCGACUCACGUAUAAAGCAUAUGUAGAAGACGAAGAAGAUGAAAGAACAGAGGCAGUAACUACAGAUAACGACCUAUCAGACGAUGAAUUAUCUGAUGAUUUAGAACAAGCUGCUGCUACAUACGGGCAACGCGUAAAUGAUUUCUCAAGUGGGGCCAACAAAGAAGCUUUCAUGGAUGUUUUAGCAGCAUUACUUGUUAGUGAAGAAUUUCAAGGCAUUGUUGCUUCAGAAACAAGUAAUGCUAAAUACCCUACUGAUGUUAAGAACUCAGAGUCAACAGAGACUUCCCGUGAUGUCGUGUCAGCACCCGACAAUUCAAAUUCCGUGAAUAGUUCUAGAGGGCAAGUUUUGUUUUGGCUUGUGGUGAUCACAACUAUAUCAAUACUAAUCACGUUUGAUGUCGGUGGCUCGAGUAUUUUCAAUCCUUGAUGUAAUGCAACAAGUAUUGUUUUUCAUGGCAGCUCCACUCGUUAUCUGCCACGUGGGAUUUUGUUAUAUAAUCACCUCAUGAAGAAGAGAAUGUUAGUCUAGCGGCUUGAAUUAUCUAAAUUCUUGAGAGCAAAAAGCGGUUAUUUUUGCUAUAUUUAUGAGUUUUGUGUCACUGUUCUUAUACAUACUGUAUUUGGUAGAGAAAUUGUGCCAAAAUGAAAGCAUGAUAGAAACAAUCUUUGUUCUCUGCCUGUGUAUGCAUGUUUUGAGGCGGUUAUUUACUCGUUAUUUUUUUU